UCGAUGGCAGCCAAGCUAACAGCGCCUCCGGAAUACAGGUCUCUUCCAGAUCUCCGUGAAGCUUCCUCAUGAGCCAUUCAAGAUCCAGGUUAUGGUUUCGAGUCAAGAGCAAGUCCAAGACGUGCGUCAGUCGAUCGUUGAAUUGCCCGGUACCUUCCAGUACACUUGCUUCCACCUGGAAUACAAUGGCGCUCGGAUCAAUGACUUUGUGGAACUCUCCGAGGUUCCUGAUCUGAAGGCCGAUUCUGAGAUCGUGCUGGUGGAGGACCCAUAUACUGAGAAGGAGGCGCGUAUGCACAUCGUGCGCACGCGAGAGCUGGUCGGGGCUGCGGGUGACCGCGUUGACAACCUCCAUGGCAUCAACGCCGGCCUCUCCUUACAUGACGCUGUUUCUGCGGGAGCUGAAACGGAGGAUGAGAAGGAGCAUCCCCUCUCCAAGUAUGACCUGUCUGCGGCGUCAGAUCUGCAGACCAUUCUCCCCCAACCGGAGACCCCGCUCCCCAAGACCGUCAAGUCCAUCUCGCUAUCCGCCUGGAACCCGCCUCCGUACCACCUUCGCCAAAAGGGCCAUCUGCUCUAUCUGCAGACCACCACCAACGAGGGAGAGCAGUUUCAGAUCACCGCACACGUGUCAGGUUUCUAUGUCAACAAGUGCUCCAAUGCCAGGUUUGACCCGUUCCCCAAGGCCGGAUCCAAGAACUACAGUGCCCACUCGCUCCUGACUCUGAUCUCGCAACUGUCGCCUUCUUUCAACAGCGCCUUUGAGGCUUUACAGGAGUCCAACAACAAGAAGGACCUGUUGACCACCUUCCCCUUCCAAAACGCCAUUCCUAACAACCCAUGGCUCGUUCCGGCAACAUCAUCCAACAUCAAUGCUCACCAGUCUGACAUUACUCGUUCCCAGGAGAGCUACUUGAUCUCCGGCGUGGACAAUGCGGAGACUCUGCGUGACUGGAACGAGGAGUUCCAGACGACCCGGGAAUUGCCCCGCGAGUCUGUCCAAGACAGAGUUUUCAGAGAGCGCCUGACCUCGAAGCUGUUUGCCGAUUACAACGAGGCGGCCGCUCGUGGCGCUAUCCUUGUUGCCAAGGGCGAAGUGGCUCCCCUCAACCCCACAGAAAGCCGUGAUGCGCAGAUUUUCGUGUACAACAACAUCUUCUACUCCUUUGGUGCGGACGGCGUGGGCACCUUCGCUUCCGAGGGUGGCGAUGAAGCUGCACGUGUAGCUGUCGGUAAGGAUGUUCUGGGUAUCAAGGCCGUGAACCAGCUGGACAUCCCUGGCCUGUUCACUCCGGGUACCGUGGUCGUCGACUACCUCGGUAAGCGUAUUGUCGGUCAGAGUAUUGUUCCCGGUAUCUUCAAGCAGCGGGAGCCCGGUGAGCACCAGAUCGACUACGGUGGUGUUGAAGGCAAGGAAGUGGUUGCCACUCACCCCGACUUCGUGUCCGUAUUUGAAAAGCUCUCCAAGGCGCUUCGUAUCAAGAAGCACCCCGUGUGGGACAAGGAGGGCAAGCGUCACGAUCUGGAGGGCAGUGUCGAGACCAAGGGCUUGUUGGGUACCGACGGACGCAAGUACGUUCUCGACUUGUAUCGCAUUGCUCCGCUCGAUAUUGUCUGGCAGGAGGAAGAGGGCAGCGAGACUUACCCUCACCGCAUGUCAACUCUCAGAAUUGAGCUCGUUGAGUCGUACUGGAGAAGCAAGAUGAGCCAGUAUGUUCGGGAAGAGGUUGAGCGCCGCCGACAGGCCAAGGCCGAAGCCCCUGCUUCAACCGAGGCGUCUGCUGAUGCUGCAGAGUUUAAGGAGGAGGCCGAGGGGGAGAAGAAGGUCGAGGAGGAGAAGAAGGCCGAGGAGGAGAAGAAGGCCGAGGAGGAGAAGAAGGCCGAGGAGGCUCAGGAUCAAGAACGUGUGGACAUCUCCGGGUUCAAUCUUGCGCUCAACCCGGAUGUCUGCAGCGGUCAGAUCCCCCAGACGGACGAGGAGAAGGCGCAGUGGGCCCAGGACGAGAAGGAGGUCCGCGAUGCUUGCGACUACCUGCGCUCCAAGAUCAUGCCGGACCUCAUCCAGGAUCUCCACGAUGGGGAUGUUGGCUUCCCUAUGGAUGGCCAGUCUCUUAGCCAGCUGUUGCACAAGCGUGGUAUCAACAUCCGCUACCUGGGCAAGCUGGCUCAACUUUCCCAAGAGAAGGGAUCUCGCCUGCAGGCCCUGACCACGCUUGCGGUCCAGGAAAUGAUUGCUCGUGCUUUCAAGCAUGUGACUAACCAGUAUCUUCGCAACCUGCCGGCGCCUUUCGCUUCAUCCUGCGUUGCUCACCUCCUGAACUGCCUUCUCGGCACGGAUGUGAACGCUGGCCCUCGCCCAGAGAUUGAUGAAUCGCUGCGGGCGAUCUACCCCGAGGGAGACUUCUCCUUUGAGAAGGUGACCCCCGCUUCCCUUCGGGCUGAGGUUGAGAAGCAGGUGACCCUCCGGUACAGAUUCACCCUGGAGGCUGAAUGGUACAACUCCCUGCGCCACCUGCAACUGCUUCGCGACGUGUCCAUCAAGCUUGGCCUUCAGCUGGGCUCCCGUGGAUUCGCUUUCGAUAAGUCUCAGCUGCCGGCUAAGGAAGCCGUGCCUUCGGCAACCAAUGGUAACGGUUCGAACGACGAGGGUAACAAAAAGAAGAAGAAGAAGGGUGGCAAUGCCCCAUCCCCCAGCCGCGCCCCCGUCGAGGAGAAGCCUCCUGUUACCUUUGCAGCUGAUGACAUUGUCAACAUCGCCCCUCUUGUUAAGGAUGCCUCCCCCCGGAGUGCUCUUGCCGAAGAAGCUCUGGAGGCUGGUCGUAUCUCUCUCAUGCAAAACCAGAAGCAGUUGGGCCAGGAGCUCAUUCUGGAGUCGCUGUCCUUGCACGAGCAGAUCUACGGCAUUCUUCACCCCGAAGUUGCCAAGCUGUACCAUCAGCUCUCGAUGCUCUACUACCAGAUCGACGAGAAAGACGCCGCUGUGGAAUUGGCUCGCAAGGCGGUCAUUGUGACCGAGCGCACUCUGGGAGUCGACUCGGCGGAUACGAUCCUGAGCUACCUUAACCUCAGUCUCUUUGAGCAUGCGGUGGGCAACACCAAGAUGGCUCUGGUCUACGUCAAGCACGCCAUGAACCUGUGGAAGAUCAUCUACGGUGCCAACCACCCCGACUCGAUCACGACUAUGAACAACGCGGCCGUGAUGCUGCAGCACCUCAAGCAGUACGCGGACUCGCGCAAGUGGUUCGAGGCCUCUCUGACGGUCUGCGAGGAUCUGUUCGGCAAACAGUCCAUCAACACUGCCACCAUCCUUUUCCAGCUGGCUCAGGCGCUCGCCCUGGACCAGGACUCCAAGGGUGCUGUGGGCAAGAUGCGUGAUGCGUACAACAUCUUCCUGAACCAGCUCGGCCCCGAGGACCGCAACACCAAGGAGGCCGAGACCUGGCUGGAGCAGCUGACGCAGAACGCCGUCUCCAUCGCCAAGCACGCCAAAGAUAUCCAGGCCCGCCGCAUGCGCCGCAUCAACAUGAACUCCCGCGUCUCCCUGGGUACCAAGCCCCAGCCCCAGGUCGGCCAGUCUGCACCCGAGGUCGCCGUUGCCACGGAGGGAGGAGCCAACCCUUCUUCCCUGGAUUCCCGCAGCAUCGACGAGCUGCUCAAGUUUAUCGAGGGCGGCGACACCAGCUCUCCCCGGUCAAAGCAGAAGAAGCGUGCCGCCACGAGCAACCCCAAGCUCCGAGGCUCGAAGAAGACCUCUUCCAAGGCCUAAAUAAACUUCCAUCAUGACUUGUUAUUCUUCUGCUGAUGUGUCUGGUCUUGAUUUUCUUCCCCCUUUUUUUUUUGUUUAUUAUCAUCAUUCUUCUUGGGAAUUUCUUCUAUUCUUUUUCUUACACUAUCAGUUGGUUGGACAGCAAAAGCACCUUUUUAAGUCUCUUAGGGGGUCCACGACGAACCAGCGGACCAUUGUAUUAUAAACAUCUCUCUACUCCUUCUGUCGAUUAUCUUAUGUCUCUUUUUUUGGUCUUGUUGUUCCAUGUUACGGUCAGAUGGACAGUGCAUAGCCAGGUCAGGGUGAUUUCUCUUCAGUACCGUGCUUAUUGUACUGUACUUUAUAUACCAGUUCGGUUCUAGAUAUUCAUAAUGAAAUUAUGCCCUGCAAUUCUUUCCCAGGAGGACACAGUCUGAACUGGUUUCGUACCCAGGCAUUAGAUUUAUAUUUAUCGAAGAUUGGAAUGUUCUAUUGAAUUU